UUUGAUUCGAGACCUCGUCGAAGGAUGCCGCACUUGCAGAACAUCGAGCGGGAAUUUCCCCUGCACUGGGCCUUGAAUCCAAAUGUCAUCUCUCAUUUAUAUGGAAAAUUUUCUAGAAAACUCUGGCGCUGCUGCACUCAACUCUGUCAUAGUCCCAAGUUUAGAAGAUAUGUUCGGUUUCUGGAGUCCAGUCUGUGCCAGAUUUAAGCUGACUUUGAUCGCAGAGCAAUGAUCUAACAUAAAUGCGCAGCAGCUCCGGAUUAAUAUCUUGGCAAUCGCCUCACGUAGACGAUGCCAAAAUGAAUUGUUUGAAUUCCAUUACGGCCUGGCUCAGAGAGUCAGUCAACGAUCUUUGUACGGAUUUUAUUUUGAGCAGCAAAAGUAUAUAUAUAGAAGAGUGUCAAGACCAUAGAAAUACCUUGCAGUUUGUGUCAACAAUUUAAAGAAAAGAUUACAAGGAAAUAAUGUAUAAUAAUGUGUAAUUUAACGAGUUGAACUUUGUGUAUGCAGAUUGUCUUUUUUUUUAAAGAAAUUUUAUUUUUUAAAGGGAAGCAUUUCUUAAUCUUAAUGUUAAGGCACCAAUACUCCAUAAUUAACAUGGAUUUUACGAGUUUCAUAUGAAUACAAAAGCCAUUAAAUAUUUAUAUUAACUUUAAAUAAAACUAAUCCAACUGA